AUGCAGUCUAGUAAUAAUGUUGAAGAAAUCAAGAAUCCUUUAAAAGAUACAAGUCAAAAAAGAGUAAAACAUUUUAAGUUAGAUUUAUUUAGAGUAAUUGAAAUUAAAAAUCUUGGUAAG